AUGAUGGAUCCCUCGAGCACUAAGAACUCUGGACGUAAACUCAUUCCACUCUCGGAAUGUCCGGGUGGAGGGUGGGCUCGAGGGAACAACAUCGAAGAUAUAAUUUGUUUUUCGAACAUCUGCGGGAUUAACAGAAACAUUGAUGCUGUUCAUCACUACCUGCAAUCCAAUCGUCCCGCCGUGCUUUUCUUGGCGGAGACAAAAAUCUCAGAGUCGGCACCGAUUAACCAUCUUAACUUCCCAAACUACGAGGUGCACUCCAAUCUGAGAAAGAACGGGGGAGUUGUGGCUUUUGUCCGCAGCAGUCUUUCCUGCUCCAGAGAUGUUUCUUUGGAAUCAGACCGGAAGGACAUUCUGUGGCUUCGUCUCAACUCCAAAACAUCACCCAAGUUUAUUUGCUGCCUUUAUCGCUCUCCCUCGGACCAUAACUGGGAUGACCUACUCGAAUACCUCGCCGUCCAGAUCGACUUCCUGAACAUCAAUCAUCCCGCUUCAGGGGUGGUUCUUCUCGGUGAUUUCAAUGCCCAUAACGAGCUUUGGUUGGGCUCAAACAAGACCGAAGCAGCAGGUCGUGCAGUCGAAGCGUUCGCUCUUACCAAAGGGCUGACUCAGCUGGUGACGAGUCCUACUUUUUCCCCCGCCAGUAGCCUGCUGGAUCUCUUUCUGACCACGCAUCCUGCCCCUUACAGCACUGCUGUCCUGUCACCCCUGGGUAACUCAGACCACGGUGUUGUGGAGGUUAGGUUUCGGUCAGAACCCACUGUGGCAGCAGAAACUCGUACAGGCCACAAAACUUGGCAUUACGGACAUGCCGACUGGGAGGGGCUCAGAGAUUUCUUAUCUAGCUUUCCUUGGAAAGAUGUCUGUUUCACUGACGCGGAUGCGUCGGCUGUCUGUUCUUCGAUAACCGAAAUUGUCCACGUCGGAAUGGAGGAAUACAUCCCUCACACAGUGAACGUGCCUAGACCAGGGUCCAACCGCUGGUUUAACAAAUCGUGUGAUGCUGCUCGCCAGCAGAAGAUCAAGGCACACAGCACCUUCUUACAAAACCCCACUGUAGAGAACAGACAAGCCGAUGUUGAGUUCAGAAACAAAUAUAAAGCAGCGGUUCGCAAUGCCAAAAACCAACAUGAUAUAAAAUCGGUCUUUCCGAACUUCUCACACAGUAGCCUUCCACCACUUACGUGUCAGGACGGAACUAUUGUAUUCAACUCAAAGGCCAACGCGGAAGUACUAGCCAAGAUCUUUGCUGGAAACUACACCAUGGACCCCAACGCCCAAGUGCCGUCAAUUCAAAGGGUUCCCUACACUAUGCGAGAGCGCUCUUCUUCUGGUCCGGACUUGAUUCCUGCCAUUGUACUGAAGAGGUGUGCACCGGAGCUUGCUCCAGGAUCUAAGACCGACCCUUACAACUACAGGCCUAUAGCUCUGCUUUCUGUUUUAAGUAAAGUGAUGGAGAGCGACAGGCAGUAUGGUUUCCGGCACCAACGAUCCGCAGGGGACCUCCUAGCUUACGUCACUCAAUUGUGGAGUAAACUCAUCCAGUCUUAUGGUGAGGCUCAUGUCGUUGCUUUUGACAUCACGAAAGCGUUCGAUCAGCUGUGGCACGCUGCCCUCUUAAGCAAACUUUCAUCCUAUGGCCUCCCAGAAAAGCUUUUCAGAUGGGUGGCUGACUUUAUCUCUGCCCGCAAGAUAUCCGUCGGAAUUGACGGGUUCUCCUCUUCAUCCCACAACGUCAACGCGGGUGUUUUCCAGGGAUCGGACUUGGCUCCGACACUGUUUCUCUUACAUAUCAACGACCUCCUUUCCUGCACAAUCAACCCAAUCCACAGCGAAGCGCCUCAAUGUUAUGACUAG